AUGGGCUUCAACUCCCUUGUCUCUCUCUCUCCCCUUGUCUCUCUCUCUCCCCUUGUCUCUCUCUCUCCCCUUGUCUCUCUCUCUCCCCUUGUCUCUCUCUCUCCCCUUGUCUCUCUCUCUCCCCCUGUGUCUCUCUCUCCCCUUGUCUCUCUCUCUCUCUCUCUCUCCCCUUGUCUCUCUCUCCCCCUUGUCUCUCUCUCUCCCUCUAGAUCACUAAGAUCGCUUUUUCGCGGUCUCCUCACCUCUUUUUCGCGGUCUCCUCACCUCUUUUUCGCGGUCUCCUCACCUCUUUUUCGCGGUCUCCUCACCUCUUUUUCGCGGUCUCCUCACCUCUUUUUCGCGGUCUCCUCACCUCUUUUUCGCGGUCUCCUCACCUCUUUUUCGCGGUCUCCUCACCUCUUUUUUCGCGGUCUCCUCACCUCUUUUUCGCGGUCUCCUCACCUCUUUUCGCGGUCUCCUCACCUCUUUUCGCGGUCUCCUCACCUCUUUUUCGCGGUCUCCUCACCUCUUUUCGCGGUCUCCUCACCUCUUUUCGCGGUCUCCUCACCUCUUUUCAUGGUCUCCUCACCUCUUUUUCGCGGUCUCCUCACCUCUUUUCGCGGUCUCCUCACCUCUUUUUUCGCGGUCUCCUCACCUCUUUUUCGCGGUCUCCUCACCUCUUUUUUUCGCGGUCUCCUCACCUCUUUUUCGCGGUCUCCUCACCUCUUUUCGCGGUCUCCUCACCUCUUUUCGCGGUCUCCUCACCUCUUUUUUCGCGGUCUCCUCACCUCUUUUUCGCGGUCUCCUCACCUCUUUUUCGCGGUCUCCUCACCUCUUUAA